GAAAAGUUUAAGUUGGUAAACGCCAAAAAAGAAAAAAAAGCCUUGUAAGACUUUGGGCUUUGCUCGUCUGAGCAAAACAAAGAGAGAGAGAGUCAGAGAGAGAUAGAGAGAUCUAGGGUGGUGUUCGAUUCUUCGUUUCCAAUCGGAGAAUCACCACCGUCCGAUCUCCUCGCAUUGUUUUUCCAUUUCCAACUUUCAUUGCACGUUUUGACUCUAAUCUCCUUCCAAACCUUGUAAUUUGACUCUCAAAUACAGGUAAGUCCGAAGCUCCUGAUUUCACUCGCUUUUUUCUUUCUGAGUUUUCUGCUUGGUUGCUGAGAAAAUUGUAAAUACAAGAGGACACCUGCUAUGGGCACAGAAGAGACUAGAAAAGAUGUGGACUUCAGCAACUGGCAAUCGUUACUCGAGGAUGGUCAGUGGGUAUCUCUUCCUGUAUCUGGUCCACGGCCAUCAGCUCGCUAUAAGCAUUCAGCAGUAGUAGUUGAUGAGAAAUUAUACAUUUCCGGGGGGAGUCGUAAUGGUCGUUAUUUAUCUGAUGUUCAGGUCCUUGACCUUAGAAAUUUGGUGUGGUCUGAUAUAAAAUUGAAACCCAACGCUGACAAAUUGGAAGAGAAUAACUCGCAGGAAGUUCUUUCUCCCAUAUGUAGUCACAAUAUGGUUAGGUGGGGAAACAAACUUCUUCUUCUUGGUGGGCUAUCUAAGAAAUUGUCAAAUGAAAUCAUAGUUUGGUCCAUUGAUCUCGAAACAAAUGUCUGUGGCAUCUUGGAGACCUCUGGAAAAGUUCCGAUAUCUCGUGGUGGGAAUUCCACAACAUUGGUUAGUUCCAGACUUAUAUUAUUUGGUGGAGAAGACAGGAGCAGAAGAUUGUUGAAUGAUGUCAAUGUUCUUGAUCUAGAGACAAUGACUUGGGAUGUGAUGGAAACAAUGCAGACACCUCCAGCUCCCAGAUUCGAUCACACAGCAGCGUUACAUGCGGAACGCUAUCUUUUUAUUUUUGGUGGUUGUUCUAAUAUUAGUAUCUUCAGUGACCUUCAUGUACUUGAUCUGCAGACAAUGGAGUGGUCUCAACCACAAGUUCAGGGUGACUUGGUCUCUCCUAGGGCAGGUCAUGCUGGUAUAACCAUUGAUGAAAAUUGGUACAUAGUUGGUGGUGGAGAUAAUAGAAAUGGUUGCCCAGAAACCCUAGUUUUAAAUAUGUCAAAGCUUGUGUGGUCAGUGUUGACUAAUGUUAAGCAAAGAGAUCCGCUUGCUAGUGAGGGACUCAGUGUCUGCUCAGUGGUAAUUGGAGGACAGAAAUAUUUGGUUGCCUUUGGUGGCUACAAUGGGAAAUAUAGCAAUGAGGUAUUUGUUUUGAGACCCAAACUGAAGGACAUAUCGCGGCCCAAGAUUUUACAGUCACCAGCUGCGGCUGCAGCUGCAGCUUCUGUUACAGCUGCAUAUGCCUUGAGCAAAACAGAAAAAUUGGAUUCUGCAACGGAGUCAAGCUCCAAGGAAGCUGAAAAAAUUCCUUCUGAACAUGAUGUUGCAGGUCAGAUUGAGGCAAUUAGGGAAGAGAAAACUCUUUUGGAAUUGUCACUCACAGAAGUCAGAGCAGAAAAUUCUAAGCUUACCGGAGAAAUUGAAGAAAUCAAUGGCACUCAUGCUGAGUUGUCUAAGGAGCUCCAAUCAGUACAGGGGCAACUGGUAGCUGAGAGAUCAAGAUGCUUUAAGCUGGAGGCACAAAUCACUGAACUACAUAAGAUACUGGAAUCAAUGCAUUCAAUAGAGGAUGAUGUACAAGCACUUCGGAUACAGAAGUCUGAAUUCGAACGGAAUUUGGAGCUUGCUUCGGCUGUUGAGAGGCAAAGUUCUGGUGGUGUUUGGGGAUGGAUCGCUGGAGGUGCCUGAAGUGCAUAGGCUUCAGGUCAGUGCAUAUAUCUGUUAUUUUUCCCGUGUUUCUAUGAAGCGCAGGAGGUUCAUUGCUGUGGCAUAUUUGGAGAACCUUCGCUUUUUGUCAAACACGAUCUCACAUGGCAAAUCCCAUAGUCCUUGUUGAAAGCAAACUGGAUAAAGGAAUAUACAGUUUUUUUGUUUUUUUCUUCCUUUUGUUCUACAAUUUUUUAAUUCUAUUUUUUCUUUUGCACAAUUUUAAAUUUUAUUGCAUCUCUAGAUCAGUUUUAUAUAUAUAUAUAUAUAUAUAUAUAUAUAGUUUGGUUCAUUGUGAGAUUUGAUAGUUUGAAAUUCUGUGUUACUGUAAUUCUUUUGUAUUGGUAUACUGGUUAUAUUCGAUUAAGUAGAUUCUCCAGGUUUGACUAGUA